GCUACUCGCCCUCCCUGGGGCUCAGCUGGGACAGCUGGGACGGUUCUGGGAUCUGCUUCUGCCUCCAUCUCUACCAGACCAGGCACUGCCUUGUCGUUGGCGUCCAUGGAAGCUCCUUUGUUGACUUUGUCUGUCUUCCCUCGUUCCAUGUUUGCCGUCACUACCGACGCUCACCAAGCAAAGCACCGCUCUGUCGCAGGGUUGUCUUCCACUGGCUGGACUCCCGAAGUUCCUACGCACAGGGCAGUCUUCCGUCCCCCUCUCCCGUCAGCUAGAGCACUUUGUUUUCCUUUUCGGGUCCGAUCAUUGAGCAACUACAAGAAGCACCACAAGCCGAAACUCCAGCAGCCUCCAGCAGCCUCCAGCAGCCUCCAGCAGCCUCCAGCCACCCUUCUGCAGACUACCGUCCAGCUGCCUAGCAUAAACCCCGCCCAGGCACCACAGAUAAGCACCCACACACCACAGCGCGAUUUUCACAACCUCAAACUCUUCAUCGCUGACCCCCGAUCUGCAGAGUCCCAUGUCUUCCCCAAGACGUCGCUCUCCACCGCAUUCGUUAAAGACCGGAUAAACUCGAGACCCUGAUCACAACCUGCAAUCAUGUUUGACACUUGUGCCAAAAGUGA